AUGUCGUGUUUUUUUCGCGCGGCCGGCUCCACGGUGGUGUGGCCGCACUCCAAACAGAACAGGCGUACCAUCCAUAGAUCUGAACCACCCACUCUGCCUCACCAUAACAACAACAAAAAAAAAACAGCUAAUGUUCGCCAACACGUGGGUUUUGCUCAGCUGCCUUCUUCUGUUGGCCGCCGCGUUGCAGCUCGACGUGCCUGCGCUCGACAGUGCCCGGCCCGUGUGCAUCCGUGAUUUCGUGGGCAAAGACCAGCUUGUGGUGAUCAGCGUCAAUACCGACGGGUACCGCGGCGACGGGCAGAAGUUGCAGUUGACCGUGAUCGACACGUUAGGCAACCAGUUUGCCCGCAAGAACGACAUCAACAAGGAGACGCGCAUCUCGUUCACCACGCACGAGUCGGCCGCCAUCGACAUCUGCUUUGCCAAUUUCUUGGACAGGGGCCACGGCGGCAGGCGCCAGUUAAGCCGCGAGGUCAACUUGGAGGUCGAGAGCGGCGCCAGUGCCCGCGACUGGAACGCGUUGCAAACCGCAGAGAAGUUGAAGCCGGCCGAGGUCGACUUGAGGCGGGUGCAUGAGAUGACGAAGGAGAUUGCGCAAGAGUUGCACUACUUGAAGGGCCGGGAGGAGCGGAUGCGCGACACCAACGAGAGCACCAACGCGCGGGUGCAGUGGUUCUCCAUCUUGAUCAUCUUGGUCUUGCUUGCCUUGGGCGCGUGGCAGAUCCAGUACUUGAGACACUACUUCAAGGUGAAGCACAUCAUCUAGGCGCCGUCCGGGUCUUUGCGAGCUGCUCGGGCAACGGCAUGUCGCCGAGCGCGCCGCGCCCGCUUAUACGCUGCCACGGCCGUCUUGCCGCAAUGUGUAUAGAACUUAAUAGUAUGAGAACCAUCAACGCGAGCCGCGGGCGGGGCGCCGUAUGUGAUCCUGGCUGCCCGCUGGCGGCACCAGAGCAAGCGCAACGCUUCCUGCGCCGGCCGCCCUCGGGCCUCCUGCGCCGGCAGGAAAGUAGAGCCCACAUCAGACGGCCAGUGGCCUCACAUCAGACGUCCAGUGGCCACACAAGAGACGUCCAGUGGCACAACAACCGUCUAGUGGCCCACAAAAGAGCCACCCGCGGAACCGUGGCGGCACGGGCUCCAUGGUCAGCGCUGCAAGC